AUGUUACUAUUUGCGUUCAUCAGCAGUAUCUCUGUUGCUAGUGCACGUUCAUUAGCCACUUGCACUUGUAUUCAUUUCAAUGUGAGUGGUUCAUUUCAAACGCCCAACUACCCUCGUUCCAAACCAGUCUCAUCGAGCACAUGCAUUCUCUACAGUUUCAUCGCACCAGCUGAUCAUAUCAUCGAAAUCCUCUUUAACUCAUUCGAAUUUCCACCUCGUACAGAAAGGUUAUUCGAUGAUAUUCCUGAUGGCUCAAUUGAUGAACAUACUGCAUAUAGUGGCGAAUUCUGCGGCAGAGAGAUCGAGCCAGGUCGUAAGUUCAUUUCACUCUCAAAUCAUUUCGUCUUUCACGUUCAAUUCAGCGGCAUUACAAGAGGAUUUCAGGGUGUGCAUAAAUUCAUCUCGAAUGAACGAUUCCAUCAGAAUGCAACUGAGAUUCAACCGUGUCGCUAUAGUAUCGAAGCUGCCGAAGGGAACGUAUUUUCGCCUCAAUAUCCACAUUAUUAUCCGUCAAACUCAAACUGCACGUAUUUUUUCCCUAUGCGGAAAGCACAUAAGUUAAUGCUCAAAUUGAAACUGCUCGAUUUUCGACCAUUCUCGUGCUCAACUGAUUAUAUCGACAUUUAUCAAAUGCAUCCAAAGAUACAUUUGGAUAAACUUUGCUAUGAUUCAAUUCCUCCUUAUUCACUCUCUUCAACAAAAGGCUUUAUAUUGGAAUUUCAUUCUGGAUCGAAUCAGUUGUCGAAAAAUCGAGGAUUCCAUUUCUGGUUCAAAUAUUUUCGUGAAGCAAAAGAAGACAAUUCAGAGUCAUCACAAGCUACACCGUUCGCUUAUUCGGCAUCACACGCCCAAAUUAAGUCAAAGUCGUUAUGUCCUGUUCGAAUAACAUCUCCUUCAAUGAACACGGGACCGAAUGCGAUCAGUUCCGCGCAGAUGGGUAUCAUAAAUUCGUCGAUAUAUUCUUUCAACGAUGAGCCAUUCAAAUGCCAAUUUAUUUUUAUGGGCAGCGGUAAUGAACGAGUGCAUAUCACAUUUUUACAAUUCAAUCUAUUUGAUAGGCUUCAUCACUCGGAAAACUCCUCAAUGAGGCUAGUUCAUUCGAUAUUCAACUCUAUUCAAUUUGAUGCCACGGUGUAUAGCAAAUUUAGAUGUGAUCAAAUGGAUCAUGUAACUGCUCAUAUUCUUAUUGGUACACGAAUGUCUCGCAUUGAUGAUUUUUGUGGCUCAGAAACACCACCAAAAUUGAUGUCAACAAAGAAUUUAAUGACACUUGAGUACGUCGUUCGAUCGACCAAAUCGUUACGCAAAAUGACACCUUCGAAGGAACAUUACGGAUUCGUUAUACAAUACGAAUUCCGUACUGAUCUUGGUCUUUCAGCAAUGAAUGCUGACAGAAAUUAUGAUCAUGUAUGCUACUAUGUAUUCAAUUCAUCAAGACACUCAUAUGGCAGCAUUUUUUCACCCAAUCAUCCGGGUUAUUAUCCUCGCAACAUUGAUUGUCAUUAUGUUUUUCAUGGUAGCGAAAAAGAAAUCGUUGUUAUACAUUUUGAAUAUUUCGAUGUCGAAGGAUUUGCAACGUUUGUUAUACGCUUCUGAUGUGACGAUAGUACACAUAGUGACUAUGUGCUCUUCAGUAACUAUCAAACGCAUGACCGUACCAAUAGA